AUGACCCCUCCCUCCCCGCCCCUCCACCCCCCACCCGCUGCACCCCCCCUGCCCCCGCCCUUCGUCGUGAGGUCCCACAACGUCAGUAUCAACGCCGCCCCCGAGGACGGCCGCCACCUGCUCUCCAGUGAGUACGACGAUUGGCACUCUUCUUCCGACAUCCCCACCGGUAGCUCGUCGGCAGCCACCUCGCCGCUCCCGCCGCACAUGAGCCCCAGCUCAUCGCCGCCGCCGCCGGCGCCCGUCGAGGGCGCGAUGCCGGUCCCGGUGUCCCCCCGGCCGCAGGGGUCCGGCGACCCGAUGGCCGGGUCGCCGCCCUUCCCUGUUGCGUCGCCCGCCUCGCGCGGGCAUCCCCACAUCCCGAUGAGCACCCUGUCCCCGCCGCCGGAAGCCGCCGCCGGCGAUCCGGUGCCGCAGGUGGCCGGGUUCCCCAUGCCGGCCGACGGCCCGGCCGAUCAGCCGGCCGCCCCCCUGUCCACCACCAACCAGCUGCUGCAGUACCACCACUCGAUGCUGGUCAUGCGCGAUCGCCUGGACCGCGAGGAGGAGCGCGUCCUGCAGAGCCUCGAUGCCGCGGCCCUCGAGGAUGACACCCGCCUGCCGGAUCCCUUCGUGCCGAACCCCGUGGCCCUGGAGGCCCUGCACAACCUGCCCUCCCCCGGGCCUCUCUCCGGCGGCCGGUCUCGGUCUUCCAGCCAUAUUUAUGAUGAUCUGGCCCCCGGGCGCGUGUCGCGCUCUGGAUCCUUGCGCAUGAGCAGCAGCAAUGCCGCAGCUGCGGCAGCCGCGGCCGCGGCCGCCGAGCGCGAGCACGAGCGCGAGGUGGCCCGGCAAGUCCGCCGGCGCCUGCGCGCCACCCAGCACCAUCACCACCACCACCAGGGCCAGGAGUCCGAUGGUGGAAGCAGCAGCAGCGAUGGCGACAGCGAUGGGGACUUCUCCUCGGACGAUGGCAUCUCCUCGUCGUCGGCCGGGCAGGUCCGGCUCCCGGGCGGCCUCUUUGGCACCGGGCACGGGUACAACCCGGGGGAUCCGUAUGCUCCGGGGCCCCUCAGCGGCCCGGUGCACAGCGUGCCGAUGCCCGCCGACCGGCGCCCGGCCUCGGUGUCCUUCGACACUCCCUCCUCGAGCGUGGCCGAUCCGCCGCUCACGUCGCUGGCCCGGGUGCCCUCCUCGGCCGGGGCCCGGUACCUCCGGCGUAGCGUCAGCCGGUCGAGCACCUCCCACUCGGCGGCCGCGGCGGCCGCCGUGGCCGCUACCCUGUCUCCGGGCGGGUACCAUCCGCUCUUGCAGCAGGACCCCGACUAUCAUGAUGGCUAUCAGACCGCCGCAUAUGCCACCAACCAUCAUGACUCGGCCCCCGACCUGCACGAGCACAUGAGCCGGACCUCCUCCCUGCGGCGGUCCCGCAGCGGCCCCAGCAGCGGCCCCGGCGGCAUCACCACAAUCAAUGCCGAACUGCACAACACCAUCGAUCCCUACUCGACCACCAGUGAGCCCAAGGGCGAUCUUAAUGAUGUGGUCAUCAUGCCGCAGGAAGCCAUCGGCAAGGUCCGCCUGUCGCAGCUGAACCAUUUCAUCUUCCAGUCGAACAUCGGCUACUCGGACGAUCCAAACUACCUGCCGCCAUUUGACGAUGCGCAUGGGGCCGACAUGGGUGUCACCACGAUGGACGGUGUCGCACCGCCCAGCGGCAGCUGGAUCCCCUUCCGCGACAUCCCUACCACCUUCAAGGAGGACGCGCUGCCUGCCGACACGCGCUUCACCUUCUUCCAGCCACGCCAUGGCGUCCUGCUGGCCGAUGAGCUGGCCGGCCUGCGGUCGUCCAUCCUCUACCAGGCCAUUCGCGAGGGCACCUUCUGGCUGGAUGUCUACCAGGCCACCUCGGCCGAGAUGAGCACCAUUGCCGAGAUCUUCGGCAUCCACCCCCUCACCAUUGAGGAUAUCCAUGUUGGCGAGAGCCGCGAGAAGGUGGAAUUUUAUGACGGCUACGCCUUCAUCUCAAUCAAUGCCCUGGAGGGCCGCGGCAUCGAGACCGACAGCGUGUAUCUCGUCGUGUGCGAGCAGUAUGUCAUGUCCUUCCGGAAGUCGGCCACGGCUCUCCCUUCGUGGGUUGUGCUGGAUCGGCUGUUCCGCAUGUCGCAGCGCGUGCAGCUCACUUCCAGCUGGAUUCUUUGGGCCAUGCUGGACCACAUUGUCGACGCGUACAUCCCCGUCGUCAAGCAGCUGGAAGGUGUCUGCGAGGAUAUCGACCAUCUGGUCAUGUAUCUGAAGGAAACCGAGCACAGCGAUAUGCUCUGGCGUAUUUCAAACUCCUUCAAAUCUGUCGGCCAGUUCCGGCGCCUGCUCAGCUCCAAGACUGAGCUCUUCAAGGUCCUCCUGUCGGCCGGCCGGCGCGGUGGCACCGCUCUGCGCUUCACCCUGGCUCACGAUACCACGCUCUAUAUCAUGGAUAUUCACGAUCAUGUCAUCAGCAUGUCCCAGAUGCUUUCUCAGUUCUCCACCGGCCUGAAGCGGUCGCGUGAAACCUACGUGUCCAAGAUCGAUGUCGAGCUUGCCCUGGCCUCCAACCAGAUGAACCGCAUCGUCAAGACCCUGACCGGUGUCACGGCUAUCGUGCUGCCGCUGUCGUUGUGGUCCGGUAUCUGGGGUAUGAACGUCCCGGUCCCCGGCGAGGAGAACGACAACGCCUUCAUGAUUAUGAUGAUUUCCAUGGGCCUGACUGCGUUGCUGAUGACGGUCAUCGGCCUGAAGUUCAACUGGUUCUGA